AUGACUCGUGACGAUUUGUUCAACACCAACGCUUCUAUUGUCCGUGACUUGGCCAAGGCUAUUGGUGAUGUUUCUCCCAAGGCUUUUGUCCUUAUUAUCUCCAACCCUGUUAACUCGACUGUUCCUAUUGUCGCCGAGGUGUUGAAGUCCAAGGGUGUUUACGACCCCAAGCGUUUGUUUGGUGUCACUACUUUGGAUGUUGUCCGUGCCUCUCGUUUCAUCUCCGAGGUCCAAGGUACUUCUCCUGAUAACGAGGAGGUCACUGUUGUUGGUGGUCACUCUGGUGUCACCAUUGUCCCUCUUAUCUCCCAAUCCAACCACCCUAACAUUUCUGGUGAGGUUCUUGACAAGCUCAUUAACCGUAUCCAAUUCGGUGGUGACGAGGUUGUCAAGGCCAAGGACGGUGCUGGUUCUGCUACUUUGUCCAUGGCUCAAGCCGGUGCUAGAUUCACUUCUUCCAUUCUCCGUGCCAUCAAGGGCGAGAAGGACGUUGUCGAGCCUACUUUCGUCGAGUCUCCUCUUUUCAAGGACGAGGGUAUCGACUUCUUCUCUUCCAAGGUCACUCUUGGCCCUAACGGUGUCGAGGAGAUCCACCCUCUUGGUCCCCUCAACGACCUCGAGGAGAAGCUCGUCGCUGCUGCCAAGGUCGACCUUGUCAAGAACAUCAAGAAGGGUAAGGACUUUGUCGCCCAAAACCCUUAA